GUUGUGGCAACAAAAAGGUCACUUAGCCAAAGAUGAAGUGUUUGGCGUUUGUGCUCCUGGCGGCUGCCGUUUGCGCUUCCGAAGUUGAGAAGCGAGAGGCGGAGCCCAGCCAUGGCUAUCGUUCUAGAUACACAAUCCCAUCCUACACAGCAUACAAUACCCACCAAAUUUACAAGAGAUCUGCCGAGCCUGAAGCGGAUGCUGAGCCUUCUGUUGCUUACUCUUCCGCAUCUUACAUCCCGGCUGCACCCGUCUACGCUCCUUACAGCGUUCAUGGGUACCACAAGAGGUCUGCUGAAGCUGAUGCUUCUCGUGGAACCUUUCACGGAAUCUACAGCCACACUCCCACUUACGGAGGCCACUCCAACCAUGGGCUCUACAAGAGGUCCGCGGAUCCUGAAGCUGAGGCUUCCACUAGAUAUUAUUCUGCACCUUCUGUGUAUGGUCCAGUUGUGUCCUACGGCCAUAGUAUCUACAAAAGGUCUGCUGAAGCUGAGGCACAGCCAUCUAUCCCAUACGCUCCCGUGCACUACAGACCUGUUUCUCUUUACCAACCCCGAUACUACUAAGACUGGGAAGGACUGAACGAUGUAGCCGAUAUGGAGCAUCGGUGUGUUCAAUAAAGAUAAAAAUGUCA